GUCGGCGGUGUCCGGGGAAGCGGCGGCGGCCGCGGGACCGGCGAGGCUCGGCCGGGCAUGGGCGGUACUGCCAGGCCUUGAGGGCUUCAGUGGCGCUGGAGAUGCAGUAAACCAGUGCAUGAGGCUCAGAAUUCAGUCUCAGCGUUUGGAAGCUUAGACCAGAGUGUCAGCGUAUUGAACGUUGGCGGUCGUGGCUUUCCAAAGGCCCUGGAUAUUUCAGGGCUGUAGAGCAGUAAAAUGUUUGCCAAAUUGAAGAAGAAGAUCGCGGAGGAGGCGGCGGUGGCUCCCCGGCCCGGAGGAAAUGCCCGCAUGCCCAGGUCUGUCAGCAAGGAAUCGAUCACGUCUGUGGGAGCAGACUCCGGAGACGACUUUGCUUCUGAUGGAAGCAGCUCCAGAGAGGAUCUUUCAUCCCAGUUGUUAAGAAGAAAUGAACAAAUAAGAAAACUGGAGGUGAAGCUAUCUGAUUAUGCUGAUCAGAUCCGAAAUCUGCAGAAGAUAAAAGAGAAGCUUGAAAAUGCAUUAGAAAAGCAUCAGGAUUCCUCCAUGAGGAAGUUUCAGGAGCAGAAUGAAGCUCAUCAGGCCAGUCGAGCCAAGAUGGCUGAAGGAAUGGCUUUGGCCUUGGAAAAAAAGGACAAGGAGUGGAUGGAAAAACUCACUCAAGUUGAAAAGGAAAAAAAAGUGCUUCAAACACAGUUACAAGAAAUGAGGGAGCAGAGUUUGAACCUUUUCCAAAAACGAGAUGAAAUCGAUGAACUGGAGGGCUUUCAACAGCAGGAAAUUGCCAAAGUUAAACACAUGCUUUUGACAAAGGAAGAGUGUCUGAGCAGAGCGGAGCAGGAGCUGGAGGCGCGGGCGCAGGAGCUGAGCCGGGCGCGGGCGGAGCUGCAGGAGGCCAGGGCCGGGGCCUCGGCGCUCAGCAGGGACCUGCAGGACGUGCAGCAGCAGCUGCUGCAGCUGCAGGCUCACAGAGAUGAACUAAUGACAGCUGAGACAAAUGCAGAAAAUAAGAUCACUGCUCUGGAGUUAAGAGAACAGGAGCUACAAAAUGUCAUUCAGCAGCUUUCUGUAGACUUGCAAAAUGCUCGAGUGGCUGGUUCUGGUUGUGAGAAGAGACUGGAAAUGUUACAAGUGGAGCAUGAAUCUCUGAAGGUGGAAUAUGAGCAGCAGAAGCAAAAGAUGACUUUUGAACUUGCUGAGAGAGAUAGACAUACAGAACAGCUGCAGGAAAAGCUGUCUUCCCUGGAAAAAAAGCUAGAAAGAAAUCUCUCAGGAGAUGAACAUGUGCAGGAGCUGCUCAAAGAGAAAGCUGCUCUUGAGCAGAGGCUGGAGGAGAGCAGGCAGCAGGUACUGACAGACAGGACACAGCACAGCCAGGCUCUGAAGCAGCUGGAAACACAGAAUAAAGAACUGGAAGAGAAACUACGUAUCGCAACAGAAACACUGAAAAAGAGCAAAGAAGCAGCUGCAGACCAGGAUCUGAAGAUCCAGAAGCUGCAAACUGAUCUAGAGGAGGAAAGAAAACAACUUCAGCAACAGAUUUUAAGUGAAAAACAUCAGCAUGAUGAGAAAGUUACUGGGCUGGAGUCUCAGAUUGCUGCUCUUGAAAAAGCUUGGGAAUUGGAUAAAACAACAACUCAGCACAGGAUUAGCCAAUUGGAAAAGGAAAAUGAAAACCUCAAGGGAAGCAAAGAAGAGUAUGAGAGUUCAUUAAAACAACAAGAGUGUGAACUGAGCAGGCUAAAGAAUGAGAUGAGCAGCAGAGAAACUGUCAGUGUGGAAAUUGCCAAAGCCUUGGAAGAAACAAGGAAACAGAGAGAGGAAUUACAACAGCAGGUUUCAGAUCUGAAUACCCUAAUAAAGGAGAAAGACCAGCUGAUUGAUGAAAAAUGUGAUCUGCUGCUAAAACAGAAGGAAGAACUGAAUCAACUCAGUCAAGACCAUGAAGCUGUCUUGCUGCAGGUGCAUCAGCUACAGCUGGACAUAGAGGCAAGGCAGAGCCAAGCAGUGGAGAUAGAGGAAACAGCAAGAAAAGAAAUUGAUGAGCUGAAGCUGCAGGUACAGGAGUGCCUGUUGGCCAGAGAGCAUGAGAAAAACGUUUUAGAACUGGAGGAGUCGACGAGGGCCUUGAACAAUGAGCAUUUGCCUUCUCCAGAAAACUCUGUGGUGGAACAGAACGGAGAGGUGGCAGCUGCAGAUGUUGUUCAACUUCAGAAGGAUAACAGAGAGCUGGAACAGCAAAUUGCUGAGAAAAACAAGAUGAUAAAGCAACUUCAGCAAAGAAUGACAGAACUGAAGAAAACUCUGCAGAAAGAGCUGAAAAUAAGGCCUGACAGUGAGGUACCUGAGCUACGUGCAAAUUCUGAAGUGCCUAAUGCUUCUGUGACCGUCACCAACAACUCUGACUUGAACGACUCCAGGGAGAUAAACUUCGAGUACCUUAAACAUGUUGUACUAAAGUUCAUGUCCUGCAGGGAGUCUGAGGCAUUCCAUCUCAUUAAAGCUGUGUCUGUGUUACUGAAUUUUUCACAAGAGGAAGAAAACAUGCUCAAAGAAACUCUGGAGUACAAGAUGUCCUGGUUUGGGUCAAAGCCAUCCCCCAAAGGCAGCAUCCGCCCGUCUAUCUCGAGCCCAAGGACUCUGUGGCCUUAAGGGAACCCGAAGGUGGCAGGCAGUAUCCAGGCACUUCUUUCUGUGAAAAGAAUGCUGAACACACUGCUCCAGGUGUGUCUUAAUCACUGUCAUUGCAGUAUUUUGUACAAGAACUUCUGGCUCUGUUUACAAGAUUAAUGCUGUGCAAGGAGACAUUUUCACUACAGCCUGGAACGGC